GUAUGUGUGUGUGUGUGUGUGAGAGAGAGAGAGAGAGAGAGGUGGCAGGGAGAGCCGGGCGCAGAUAUUGUGUUGCAAACGCUGUCGUAACGUUGGACUGUCUCAAUGCGAUAGGUUGCGUUUGAGCAUAAGCAGAAGUCGCUGUCUGUCUGUGUAAUUAAAAUCAUUGCUGCGCUGGGGUCCCCAGGAUGUAUGAGGUGGAUGUGGCCUCGGAGCCUGGCAGCCCCACGCUUUACGGCGAAUCCUCGGACACCUACUGCCCCAUGGAACGCUGGCAGAGACUUCGCACCGCCGUCCGCAAGCUCGAGUUCUGGGAGAACUUCAGCCCAGAGCUCAUCGGGGGCGGCUUCUUCUCCAAGGUCUACAAGGUCAUCCAUGGCACCACCAGAAAGGUGAUGGUGGUGAAAAUCUACAAGAAUGACGUGGACCAGGACUGCAUUGUACGGGAGAUCAGCCUGCUUCAGAAACUCUCCCAUCCAAACAUUGUGAGGUAUCUUGGAAUCUGUGUUAAAGAAGAUAAGCUCUACCCCAUUCUGGAGUACGUGAGCGGGGGAUGUCUGGAGGAGCUCCUGGCCAGCAAGGACGUGUCCCUGAGCUGGAGGGAAAAGGUGGACUUGGCCUGUGACAUCACUCGGGGAAUGGUCUACCUGCACUACAAAAACAUCUACCACCGGGACCUUAACUCCAAGAACUGCCUGAUCAGGCUCACGACACGGGGCAGGGAGGCUGUGGUGACAGACUUCGGACUGGCCAGGGAGGUGGUGGAGCUGCCUGCUAAGGACAUCGAGAGAAAGUUGUCCCUGGUGGGCUCCGCCUUCUGGAUGGCACCUGAGAUGCUGAGAGGGGAACCGUAUGACCGUAAGGUGGACGUCUUCUCCUUCGGAAUUGUACUGUGUGAAAUUCUGGGCAGAAUUCCAGCGGAUCCGGAAAUUCUUCCCAGGACGCAGGAUUACGGGCUGGAUGUGACCGCUUUCCGGGACAUGGUGGUCGGCUGCCCACAUCGCGUGCUGGACCUGGCAGCCAGCUGCUGUCUGAUGGAGGCGUUCCGAAGGCCAUCCUUCACAGAGCUCCUGGACCAGCUGGAAGAGCUGGCGGAAAGCUUGGAGCCCCCCAGUUCAGAGCUGACGACGGGCUGAGGGGUGGGUGAGGCUUCACAGAGCCCCGCCCCCUCCCACCGCACGGAGGGACUCUGCAGCUGCCCCGUGGGCAGGGCUGCAGCGCAUUGCACACACAGGCUGAGGCGUGGCACACGUGGACCUCCGUCAGGAAGAGGGCGCUGUACUGGCCACAUGCGGGAGCGUGUGUGUGUGUGCGUGCUGGACUGGACCAAUGGGAAUCACAGGGCAUCCUUCUGUAAUACUAAUCAAGGAAUUCUUGUAAGCUGUGGACAAGAAGAAAUUUUCUGCACCUUAAGGGAGAAUUAAGUGAAUUAGACAUAAGCAAUGUCUGACAGCAGCCCCCCCCC